AUGUCAAAUAAGUUUUGGGGAGAAAGUAAAAAGCUGUUUGGAGGAAACAAGAAGCCUGAUCUGUCGUACGCAACACUUGUAUUAGACACAGACGAAAGUGUUUCUCCGUCUAAAAUAAAGAAAGUGAAGAAAAAGAAAAGCAAGCUGAGUCGCCCUAAAAAGCUGAGAAAAUACAUCCCUGAGGAGAAACCAGACAUUUCCCCCAGUGAGCUGCUGGAAACAGAUAAAAACAUUCUCUUGGUUGGAAAACCUGGAAUUGGAAAGACAGCACUGACUCAUGAAAUGUUGAGACUCUGGGCAGAAAGAGAAAGCAAAGAGCUUGAUUACAUGUUUUACUUUGACAUGAGGGAAACAUCUGACAUCAUAAGGGCCAAAAACUUAGAGGAACUUCUUUUUGGUGUGUUCUGUGAACCUGAUGAAGGCAAAGAUGAGGUCUUACAGGAUAUAAAGAGACACUCUGACAAUGUCAUAAUAAUUUUUGAUGGGAUCACAAAUCUCUCCUCACAGGUGGUCAAGAAAGUUUUAACAAAGAAACUACUUCCUCUUGCAAAGAUCAUCAUAACAUGCAGACCAGAUGAUGAGGAUGAAGACUUCCUUUCUGGGGACUUUGACAGAGUGGAGGUGAAAGGCUUUAUGCAGGAGUUUUUUGCAGCACUGUGGAUCCUGAAGAAUCCUGAUAAAAUCAGAGAUGUUUUUCAGCAGUGCCUCACAGAGGAGAAGAAACAGAUGAAACAUCUGAUCCCCUUCAUGUGUCGACUGUUGAAUGAGAAGAGCCCAAGUUUGAUGAAGCAUCUGAUUCCAGAUCAGGACCUGAAGAAUACAUCUAACUGGUUCUUCAAGGAGCUGAUAAACACAUUUCUUCUUCAUCUGUGUGAGCAAGAAGAGGCUGACACUGAGGACAGUGGGCUCCAUGUUGACAUACUGUUCUUAUGUCAGUGCUUGUAUGAGUCCCAGAGUCCUGAAGCAUGCAUCUACUUUCUAAACAAGCUAAAAUACCGCCUUGACCUCAGUGGAGUGAGUGUGGAUCCUUACCCUUGCUGUGCUGUGGCUUAUGUGGUCACUCAGUCAGAGAAGAAGAAAAUAUGUCUGAACCUCGAGGAUGUUGUGAUAUCAGAACAAGGAAUGAGACAGCUGUUUGAAUGCUUUAAAAAUGUUCAGUGGUCUGGCCCUCUGCCUCGACAGCUUUGGGAGAUUUUUCUUAUCAAUGAAGAGCAGAUGAACUUUGUAAGCUUACUCAGCCUAGAUGGAAACCUUCACCUUCUAGUUGAUGGUGAAAAGAAGCUUUUUGAAAGAGCUGCUGAAGUCAUGCAGAGGAUGCAUACAAAGGUUAAUGUGUGCCUCCACUGGGACAAGGAAACUCCUGCCUGUCACAGUCAGUGUGAGUCUCUGUUAAAGGCUUUGCCGUUCAUCAGCUCACUCAGCUUCAGAGGUCCAGUUUCAUGGAGGCAGGAGAAAUACCAUGGGACACUGGAGAGGGAGCAGAAGAGGCUAUUCAUGGAUUUAUGCCUGAAAGCAGCACUUCAUGAUAAAGAAAAAAACAAAGAUAUACUGAAGAGGCUCCUCCUAUUGUUUCCAGUUAAAACGGACAUAGACAACAUCUUUCUUGAUUUGUUUGAACAUGUGAAAGAGUUUUCAAGUGACUUUAAAAUGGCUUUGAAGCCAUUUUUCCAGUCAGCUCCUGCAGUCUGGUCCAUAAACCUCUCAGAGAGAAAGACCUCCAUCCUCCUGGAAGUGCUGAAACUCCAACCAGAGAAGAAACAAGUGGAGCUGACAGGCUGCUCACAUGAAGAGAGAGGUGCAAAGGAGAAAUGA